CAAGCUAAAUCCCCAAUUUUCAAAGAAUAUCAACAACAAGUAGUAAAAAAUAGCUUGGCUUUUGCAGAGGCUUUUAAACAAAGAGGAUAUGAUUUAGUUUCAGGUGGCACAGAUACUCAUUUGAUACUUAUGGAUUUGAGAUCCAAGGGUGUUGACGGUGCUCGUGUUGAACGUAUUCUUGAAUUGGCAAAUAUUGCCGCAAACAAGAAUACAGUUCCUGGUGAUAAGAGCGCGUUUAUUCCAGGAGGACUUCGUGUUGGUACACCAGCUAUGACAACACGUGGUUUUAAAGAGUCUGAUUUUGAACAAGUCGCAGAAUUUAUUCAUCAAGGUGUUCAAAUAACUAAUGAUAUUUGCAAGAAAGUUUCUGGAACAAAACUCAAGGACUUUAAGGAAUAUGUUGGAGAAGAUGGUUCUUCAGAGCCUGUGAUAAAUGAGCUAAAACAUAAAGUUAUUGAUUUUGUAAAAAAAUUUCCUACUAUAGGUUUUGAAGAAAGUGAAAUGAAAUAUGCAUAA